UAUCCGAUGAUAGUAUACCCGUGGACACGACCCUCCUUGUCUUCAUCCGCGAAUAUGCAAAAUUUCGAGGUACAAAAGCGAUGUGUUAUGAAGGCGAAUGCGGUGCCUGUAUCGUCAGUGUAACAUUCAAAGACAAAACAAUAAGUGUAAAUUCCUGUCUUGUACCGAUACUGAUCUGUGACGGAUGGAAUAUUAACACGAUUGAAGGUAUAGGUAAUAAGCGAGACGGAUAUCAUAUAAUUCAAGCUGCGCUUGCUCAAAAAAAUGGCUCGCAAUGUGGAUAUUGCUCUCCUGGCAUGGUGAUGAAUAUGUACAGUCUCAUGACUGGUAAUUCGAGUUUGUCUAUGCAGCAAAUCGAAAAUUCAUUUGGUGGUAACUUUUGCCGAUGUACUGGAUAUCGUGCAAUUUUGAAUGCGUUCAGGGGAUUUGCCACCGAUGCAUCUCCAUCAAUGGUGAAAGACAUUGAGGAGUUAUACAAAAUCGAAGCUUGCCAGAAAUACGAAAUGCCAUGUGUACGUAGUUGCUACGAUAAGCAACUUUGUGAUAAAAACACAAUGUUGAGUAUAAAGUUACAAGACGCACACUUCUACAAAGUUUUCACGAUCAAGGAUAUAUUUACGAUAUUUGAGAAAAACCCAAAUGCAACGUAUAUAUUAAAUGGAGGAAAUACUGCACACGGUGUCUAUCGUUCGAGCAAAAAAGACAUAUACAUUGAUGUAAACAGCGUUCCAGACUUGCAUAAAAUUUCAAAAUCAGAUUUUGGUUUGGUCCUAGGAGGAAACGUAACCAUUACUACGGCGCUACAGACGUUCCAGAAAUAUUCAAAUGAUACCGGAUUUAAAUAUCUAAGUCACUUGGCCGAGUAUGUAGAAAUGAUUGCAAACGUUUCCGUGCGAAAUAUUGGCACCAUAGCUGGGAAUUUAAUGCUGAAAUACCAACACAAAGAGUUUCCAGCCGAUUUGUUUUUGAUACUAGAGGCUGCCGGUGCUAAAGUAGUUAUUGAGAAAAGUCUUAACGACACGCAAAAUUAUUUCUUGUAUGAAUUUCUGAAGUUCAAUAUGCAUCAUAAAAUUAUCAAUAGCAUUUUGUUAGAUCCGAUACGUGAUAACGAGUAUAUAUACAAAUUCUACAAGAUCAUGCCUAGAGCACAAAACGCUCGCGAUCACAUCAACGCCGGCUUUCUCUUCAAACUCGACGGUGACGGCAAGGUGUUGGAGUUACCUAACAUCAUCUUCGGUGGCAUCGACAGGUUUUUUUUACACGCAAAACAUACAGAGGAAAUAUUGGUGGGUAAAUCUGUCUUCGACAAGAAAACACAGAAGUUAAUUAUGCAAAUGUUGCAAGUCGAUCUACAACCAGAUCAUGAGCUCCCGAAUUACUCGCCGAAAUUUCGCAAGACUCUCGCCGAAGGAUUAUUUUACAAGUUUUUGUUAAGCAUCAAACCGGAGAAUGUACAUCCUAAUUAUCGUAGCGGAGGCACCUUAUUAGAACGAGGUCUUUCUUCAGGUAAGCAAGAAUACGACACAAAUAAGGACAUAUGGCCAAUGAGUAAGCCUAUGCCAAAGUUAGAAUCUUUAGACCAGACAUCGGGCGAAGCCCAAUAUUGCAAUGAUCUGGGUCCAUAUCUUAGAGAAGUGUUUUGUACUUUCGUUCUCACCGAAAUCGGUAAUGGCAAGAUUGAUAGUAUAGAUGCAAGCAACGCGCUUAAAAUAAAGGGUGUAGUAGCGUUCCUCAGUGCCAAAGACAUACCCGGACAAAAUCUGUGCAUUUCGGCCGCUAGCAAGUUGAUGUUCUUGCCAGAGGAUGAGUUGCUGUUCGCCGAAGAGGAUGUUUUGUAUGCCGGCCAACCAGUUGGAGUAAUUGUCGCGGAGACGCAUGAUUUGGCGAUUGAGGCUGCAAAAUUGGUGGAAAUUAAAUAUAUCGAACCUCUGAAAACGAAGCCGGUGAUAAGUAUUGAGGACGCUCUAAAUUCGAAGGACAAUACUAGAAUCAGACAAAGCGCUAAUAUUCCAGCAAAGAGGAAAGGAACCGAUAUUAAACAUGUGAUAAAGGGUGUUUUCCAGUGCAAUGGUCAAUAUCACCAUACCCUUGAGACUCAAUCCUGCAUAUGCGUUCCUGAGGGUGGUAUUAUAGACGUCUAUCCCUCGUCACAAUGGAUGGAUCUCAUUCAAGUAUCGAUCGCUAAUUGUCUUAAUGUUAAAAAUAAUAGCAUUAAUGUGCAUGUCAGUCGACUUGGCGGUUCGUAUGGAUCGAAAAUCUCACGCAAUGCACAAAUUUCAUGUGCUUGCGCAUUGGUAUGUCAUACACUGAACCGUCCAGCGCGAUUCAUCAUGACAAUAGAGAGUAAUAUGCAAUCGAUAGGCAAGAGAUGUUCUAUGCGUCAAGAAUAUGAGAUCGGAAUAAACAAUGACGGAGUUAUACAGUAUCUCAACUCAAAUCAUUGGAGCAAUUGCGGAUCUAGUUUCAAUGAAUCACAAGUUGCUAUGACAGCUUCCUACAUGGAAGGAUGCUGCUAUUCAACCGAUACUUGGACGUUGAACGGAUUUGAUGUAAGAACCGAUUUACCGUCAAACACGUUUUGUCGGGCAUCAGGAACUGCGGAAGGAGUAGCUAUGGUCGAGAAUAUGAUGGAGCACAUUGCGAAAGUGAUGGAAAAAGAUUCGCUAGAAGUCAAAAUGGCGAAUAUGAAUGAUGAGGAUAGACCCGUAUUAGAAACCAUAAUAAAGGAUCUGUGGAAGCAGACCGAUUACCAACGGAACAAAGAAUCCAUUGAUGAUUUCAACUUACAAAAUCGCUGGAAGAAAAAGGGAUUAGCCACCGUACAAAUGAAGUAUUUGAUAACAUAUGAAGGACAAUUCGAUGCGAUGGUAUCGGUUUGCGCUCGUGACGGUUCGGUAUGCGUGACGCACAGUGGAAUUGAGAUCGAUCAAGGUAUAAAUACAAAGAUUGCUCAAAUAGCAGCUCAUACACUGGGUAUCGAUAUGGAAAUAAUCUCCGUUAAACAGAGCAAUAAUAUAAUAGCACCUAACGAUUCAACGGGACACAGCAUUACUACAAUAACUUGCGGAUAUGCAACGAUCCAAGCUUGUAAUCGGAUUUUGAAGAGACUUGAACCGAUAAGAAAAGAAAUGGAAAAUCCGACAUGGAAGGAUCUUGUUUUUACAGCAUAUCAAAAUGGCAUUGAUUUAUGUGAACAUUAUGUGUUGGUGCCUGAAAAUACGAAGUCUUCCACCAUUUACGGUGGCACUACUGCCGAAGUAGAAAUCGAUGUGUUAACCGGUCAGCACGUUAUCAGAAGGGUUGAUUUGAUGAUUGAAGCUGGUCUAAGCUUAAAUCCGGAAAUUGACAUUGGUCUGAUGGAGGGAGCUUUCGUGAUGGGAAUAGGAUACUGGACUUCUGAGGAUCUGGUGUAUCAUCCUUAUACAGGAGAAUUAAUUAAUAACAGAACGUGGAAUUAUAUGUCACCAGGAGUGAAAGAUAUUUCUGAAGAUUUCCGCAUAUUCUUACGCAAAUCGCCCAUCGACUAUGUCGAUAUCUACGAUUCAAAACCAAACGAUGAAUUACCAUUUUGUAUGAGUUACGUAAUUCCGAUAGCGAUCCGUAAAGCCUUGAAUUCCGCAAGAGCGGAUGCAGGAAAUACAGAAUGGUAUCAAUUGGAUGGUCCGUGUACUACCGAACGUAUACUUCUAACUAGUUUAACCAACAAAAAUGAUAUGGUGUUUUCAAAGUGA